AUGAAACGCAUGCAUGUGGACGUGGUCAAUGCUGUUGAAUGGAGCGCGGCGCUUGAAGCUCUCAUUACGGCAUAUCGAGGUGAAUCACGUAGAACGCUUGCAGCAACCUCACGCAUACGAAUCAAGAGCAUCGCAUCAUCAGGUGGGCCAGUGGGCGAAAAACUACAAUAUCCUCGUCUUCGUAAAGAAAAGGUCGAUGGCGUCGAGGAGGACGAAGUCGAUGAUGAAAAUGCCCGUGACUGGAUUGAGCAAGAGGAUGAAUUGUGCUGGCGGCGUUUUCGGAGAGACCAGCUGGUCUUGGUGGAGACGGGGUACAUAUCUCCUGCAUCAGGGCAGGCAGGAUAUGAAGCGGUGUGA